AUGGGCUCCGUGGCGGCGGACGCGCCGGAGGCGCCGGUGGCGACGGAGACGGUGUUCCGGUCCAGGCUCCCGGACAUCGAGAUCCCGGCGCACCUCACGCUCCAGGACUACUGCUUCGAGCGGCUGCCGGAGGUGGCCGCCCGGCCCUGCCUCAUCGACGGGCAGACGGGCGCCGUGCACACCUACGCGGAGGUGUCCUUGCUCUCCCGGCGGUGCGCGGCGGGCCUGCGGCGGCUCGGCGUGGGGAAGGGCGACGUGGUCAUGAACCUGCUCCGCAACUGCCCGGAGUUCGCCUUCGUGUUCCUCGGCGCGGCCCGGCUGGGCGCCGCCACCACCACGGCCAACCCGUUCUGCACGCCGCACGAGAUCCACCGCCAGGCGAGCGCGGCCGGGGCGCGGCUGAUCGUCACCGAGGCCUGCGCCGUCGACAAGGUGCGCGCCUUCGCCGCCGAGCGCGGGAUCUCCGUGGUCACCGUCGACGGCCCGGCCUCCGACGACGGCUGCCUCGCGUUCAACGACACGCUGCUGCCCGCGGAGCCGCUCGCCGCCGACGAGCAGGUCGACCCCGACGACGUGGUGGCCCUCCCCUACUCGUCCGGCACCACGGGGCUGCCCAAGGGCGUCAUGCUCACCCACCGCAGCCUCGUCACCAGCGUCGCGCAGCAGGUGGACGGUGAGAACCCGAACUUGUACUUCGGCGCGUCGGACGUGUUGCUGUGCGUGCUGCCGCUGUUCCACAUCUACUCGCUCAACUCGGUGCUGCUGGCGGGGCUGCGGGCCGGGUGCGCGAUCGUGAUCAUGCGCAAGUUCGACCACGGCGCGCUGGUGAGCCUGGUGCGCGCGCACGGGGUCACCGUGGCGCCCUUCGUGCCACCGAUCGUCGUCGAGAUCGCCAAGAGCGACCGGGUCACCGCCGCCGACCUCGCGUCCAUCCGCAUGGUCAUGUCCGGCGCCGCGCCCAUGGGCAAGGACCUCCAGGACGCCUUCAUGGCCAAGAUCCCCAACGCCGUGCUCGGGCAGGGGUACGGGAUGACGGAGGCCGGGCCGGUGCUGUCCAUGUGCCUGGCGUUCGCCAAGGAGCCGUUCGGUGUCAAGUCGGGGUCGUGCGGCACGGUGGUGCGGAACGCGGAGCUCAAGAUCGUGGACCCCGACACGGGCGCCUCCCUCGGCCGCAACCUGCCGGGGGAGAUCUGCAUCCGCGGCAACCAGAUCAUGAAAGGUUAUCUAAAUGAUCCGGAGGCCACAAAGAACACCAUUGACAAGGACGGUUGGCUGCACACUGGAGACAUUGGUUACGUCGAUGAUGACGACGAGAUCUUCAUUGUCGACAGGCUCAAGGAGAUAAUCAAAUACAAGGGAUUCCAAGUACCUCCUGCGGAACUUGAAGCCCUUCUCAUUACACACGCCGAAAUCAAAGAUGCUGCUGUCGUAUCGAUGCAAGAUGAACUUACUGGUGAGAUUCCAGUUGCAUUCAUUGUGCGGAUUGAAGGCUCUGAGAUAAGCGAGAGCGAGAUCAAGCAGUUCGUUGCAAAAGAGGUUGUUUUCUACAAGAGGAUCCACAAAGUUUUCUUCGCGGACUCGGUUCCGAAGAGUCCUGCCGGCAAGAUCCUCAGGAAGGACCUGAGAGCAAAGCUUGCUGCAGGCAUCCCAGGCAGUGGAAGCACACAGUCCAAAAGCUGA